AUGGCUUCUAGGUGUACGAAUUGUGGGAAGAGUGAUGUGUCUCGGGAUUCCUCUACGCGAGUUUCAACCGUUGUGCUGAUUUCUCUACUCUCUUCUCUCAUCUGCUGUGGAGCGUUUGCUGGUGGGUUUGGAUGGUGGGUUUCCUGUGAUCGAGAAUCUCUUUUCGCGAGAAUUCAGAAACUUGAACAGAAUGUGUUGGAGUUGUCAACUGGAGCUGAAGCUGGCAGGAAUUUGUCUGAACAUUUACAAGACAUUGAAUCUUUCACAUAUCAGGAUGUCAAGGUUGGCCCUAGAGCUAAGAGGUCUGUCUUUGGGAAUUCUAAAACGGUAGUGGAUGUAGGUUCUGUGUUUGUGACUGCUAUACAACAAAUCUGCAAAGACGAUGGUCAGCUUUGUCUUCCUGGGCCGAAAGGAGAGGCAGGCAUUACUGGGGCUGCAGGAGCUCCAGGUGUGAAAGGCAUGAAAGGAUCUAUUGGAAGGAAUGGCUUGGAUGGCUCUCAUGGAGUGAAAGGGUUGCCAGGAAAGCAAGGUCCGAAGGGCAGUAGGGGAUUAACUGGUACCAAAGGUGAAAAGGGGUUAUUUGGUCCAAAAGAAGAGAAAGGAAAUGUUGGAAUUCAAGGAAUUCGAGGAGCUAAUGGGUUAAAAGGAGAGAAAGGUGACAAGGGAAGUGCCAGUUCUUCUCCAUUGCCUUCACAGUGUCACAAAUCUGGACAUACUGUUCUGCGUCAAUCUUGGAGAACUGUUACAUCACCUGUAGGUAAUCUUCUUCAGACAGACCGCGAAGGCCGUCACAGUCGAUCUCCUUUUAAACCAGGUUGGCACUCAUUUGACAAAGUAAUUGGAGGAGCAAUGCCCGAGAAAUGUCCACCGAUUUACAAGUGUGGCACCAAUGCUCCUGGAUGGCUGAAAGGAUCACACCCAGAAAAUGUAGGACAGACCGUUUCUCGGACUGUUUGCUUUCAUUUCAGCAACAACUGCUGUCGUUGGCAAAAUACGGUUGAGGUCACCAACUGUGGUGACAUCUAUGUCUAUCAUUUGCCAAACACUGCAGGUGGUGCAAUUGCGUACUGUGCUCGAGGUAACUAAAAUUUUGGUAUUUGUAACUGACUGUACAAUACAACUGACUUGUGCUGAAAACCAUUUGUAAGGUAGUUACGUGACAUAGCAGUAGUUUCUGUACAUCAUUAUAAAAUCCAAUU